AUGACCAGGGGCAAAUAUGUGUACUGGAUGGGCCAGGAUGAAGAAAUCCCCCGAGGUGAACUUGGCGAGAUCCUUCGGUGGAGUGGUGAUGGAAGGAAGGUGAAAUUCGCCAAUGGUGAGCGGGACAUCCCUACCUCUGAAUUGAACGUGUGCAACAUCCAGAAAGGCACUUUCGUCCACUCAGUCGUCGGCGACUACGACUGGGAUACCCUUGGCGAGGUGACAGGCCUGGAGGGGGGCAGCUUGAUCAUCGAAGUCAAGGAAAAGACCUUGACGCGGAAGCCGAUGUGCGUCAUGCGGAGCGAUAUUCAGGCGGGCAUGUUUGUCCAUUGGACCAAAUCUAAUGAGAAGAUUCAGCGUGGGGUGAUGGGACAAGUGUACAAGCAGUUGUACUACAAGGGGGGAGUGAGAGUCACUUUUCCCAACGGAACUGGUGUCUAUGCGCCUUCAGAGCUCGUGCGCGCCCCGAUCCAGCACGGUGAUUACGUCCAGUGGAAAAAGGAAAAUGAGGACAUCCCGAAAGGUCAGAUCGGGAGGGUCGAGUUUGAGUAUCUCAAAUCAACCCAGGUCAAGGUCCGGUUUGCGAAGGGCACCUGGAUCUUUGAGGUUGACGAUCUGUUCCGACACGAGAUGCAGAUGGACUCUCUGGUCACAUGGUCCAAGUAUUGCGAGGAAGUUCCCAAGGGCGAGAUUGGCCAGAUCAUAGGCAUCAAGGUCGACGACGGUAUCCUCAAUGUCCGCUUCAACCAGGGUGAAUGGGGUUUCAAGCCCAAUGAGCUGAAUUUGCACCGCAUCCAGCCCGGAAACUUCGUGCUCUGGGAGAAAGCCGAUGAAGACAUCUUGGCAAACGAAAUCGGUGAAGUGGUUCGUGCAGUUGGGGGCAGCAACCAACUUGCUGUCCAGUGGCCGAAUGGCUUCUGGCCCAUCCGAACAAAGGAGUUGAAACGUCUACCGUUCCAGAGAGGUGACCGGGUACAGUGGACCAAAUCGGCUGAUCAUAUCCCAGAAGGGGAUUGGGGCAUCGUCCUUAGCGUCAGGACGCUCAAGGACGAGAGCUGCGACAACAACGCAACGCUCUGGUGCAAGUGGACCAAAGGCACUUUCAACAUCUCCCCACAGGAGAUGAAACGGACCCACCUGAGCGUUGAGAGCAUCAACCACCUCAAGAAGUCCUUUCAACGCUUCGACGCCAACGGAGAUGGCAAGCUGACUAGUGAAGAGCUCACUGGUGUGCUGUGCAAGCUUGGAGGCAUCAGUGAGGAAGAUUGCCAAGCUCUCUUUGCGAACCUUGACAAGGACUCGGACGGGAAGUUAACCACAAACGAGUUCAUCGACUACGUCUUCGGAGGCGGCCAGGCGACGGCCGCCCAGCGGAAGCUGCUCGCAGAAGGCUUUGGUCUGGAGGACGCGGUGGGCAUCGAGGAGGACCAGAUUGAAGAGGAAGACGAUGAUGAUGAUGACAACCCCAGCGACAACAACAACAUAAUAGUCGAGCCAGCGCCCAUGGUGGUCACCCUCGAUCCAGAUGCCGGUAAAGAUAUUGGGCCCGAGACGCAAGUCUCGCGAGCUGAGUGGGCCUCUGCGAUGCUGGUUCUGGGGGUCUGCCGCCAGGCGGCGCUGGACAGCUUUGAGAGCUGUGCUGCGGCCCUGGGGAAGGACGGAGACACCUUGGCUCUUGAGGACUUGGCUGGUGAGCUACACGGGGUCGGGGGCGCUCCAGGUGUGGAGGAACUCCGAGAUGCAGUUGGCACGGUGAAACAGGGUGGAGCGAUUGCUGUGGACCUCGACUCGCCUGCAGAGGAGAGUGAUGCCGAGCGUGCGCUGGCCUUGAAGACGGGGAUUGAUGGACUACUGUACCACCUCCAUGUGCAGAAUCAGCCUUACGAGUCAGCUGCUGAUGAGCUCCAGAAGGCCAAGUUGUCGUCUUUGGAGGCUCUGGUGCUUGGCAGCCUAGACGGAGACGCCCUCGUGGAGGCAGUGAAAGCCCAAGCAGCAGAUCCUCCGGUGCUUUCCGCUCUAUCCUCCUGGCAGCGUGCGCGGGAGAAUUGCAAGAAGGAGGUAGAGGCCAUUAUCGAGGCUUGCAAAAGCAGCGGCGAGAAGUACACGGAUGAGUCCUGGAACGCACUGGAAGACCCAAACGCAGUGAUGUACGUGGACAAGGAGAAGCCGGGUUGGGACUGCACCGUUGGAAAACCCUUUGGGUGGAAGCGGGCUAAGGAGAUGCGGGACUAUUACGAGCUCUUCCAUGAGGGGGGCAGCUUCCAGGAUAUCAGGCAAGGCCAAACAGGCGACUGCUACCUGCUCGGGGCGUUAGCCUCCGUGGCGGCGAACCGAAAAGGUUUUCUUCGCCAGGUCUUCGUAGCCUAUGACAUGGAUGUCGGCGUCUACGGCUUGUUGUUCUGCCAAGAUUCGCAUUACAAAUACGUCAUUGUGGACGACGUUUUGGGCCAUGAUCGGGGUGGACGAACUCCUCUGUAUGGUAGUAGUACGGAUUGGACCGAGAUCUGGGUCAGUAUCCUGGAGAAGGCCUUCUUCAAGCACUACACAUGCAUCGAGAUGUGUGAUGGCGGGCGAGGAGCUGAGGCCAUCGUCAGCUUCCUUGGCGGUGUCACAGGUCAAUACAGCAUAAACUACUCGGAGUACAACCAUCCCGAAGACUACUUCAAGCGUUUAGAAAGUGCACAGAAGGCGUGUGAGCUGAUGACAAGUGCCUUUACCAAACCGAGUAAAGGCAAGUAUGCAAACAUGGGUGGCGGCUCAUCUGGACAAUGCGGCGAGAGGGGUCUUCCAUUCGGACUGCAUGCGGGUCACUGCUACUCCCUGCUUCGCAGUGUGGAGACGGGUGGCCAUCAACUUCUUUGUUUUCGGAACCCUUGGGCCACUGGCGAGUGGACUGGUCCCUGGGGUGAUCGGUCCGAGGAGUGGACCGAUGAAGCACGCGAGGCCUGUGAUUACACGAAGAAAAACGAUGGCUUGUUCUGGAUGGCGGUCCAAGACUACGUCCAGCUCUCUCGCUAUGCGACCUUCAACCGCACUUUUGGCCCAGCGUGGCAGACGGUGAAAUCCUAUCACCGCUUUGGGAAUGGGGGAAUGCGGGCUCGCGCCAAGAAAGACUACCAAGCCCAGGAUAACAGUGAGAUCAGCUUCAAGAGGGGCGAUAUGCUGAAGGAUCUAGAACCCCACAGCCAGGGGACUUGGUGCAAGGGAACGCUCGAGAAGAACGGGGACAGGGGAUACUUCAAAUACAGGGACGUCCAGCAGCAAUCCACCGACAUCUUCAGGUUUGAGUUCUCCGUGGAAGGUAUGGCCGACAAUGCGCCCGUGAUUCUGUCUUUGAUGAGGGAGAACCAGAAGCUUUGUCGCGAGUGGAGCAAGCGCAAAGUGGACGGCCUGAACUAUAAGGACACCAGGUACAGCAAUGGCUACUGGUGGAUCUUCCAUCCAGACGGGAAGUUGUUUUGA